UCAAAAAGCAACAUCCAUUUUUAAAAGAAGUUCAUUCCUCUAAUCUCCAAGAAAAAUAUCCAAAGCCUAAACCGGUUCAUCGACAUAAUUCGAUUAUUUAUUCUUCGCCAUUAGAACGCAUUAAUGGUUGUGGAUAUAAAGUAGACAAUUCUCCUUUAUCCAAGAAAAAAGAAGUUAGGAAAUUAAAACUUGCUUUGGGACAGCAAAAUCAUCACAAUAUUUAUUUGAAAUUGAAUUGUGAUAAUGUGGAAGCGAAACCCCUGCCAGCGGUUGAUAAUAAAGUAGGAAUAGACUUAAAUCUAACAAAGCAAUCUUACAUUACUCUCUCUAAUGGCAAGAAAUAUAAGCACCCAAAGCAUUAUAGGAAAGCAGAAAAGAUAUUAAAAAUAAAGCAAGACAUCUUAAAUAGAAAAACCCAAAAAAUAGCAAAUGAAAUUGUUAGGGAUUAUGACAAGAUAGUUGUGGAAAAUUUGCAUAUUGAUAAAAUGGUUCAAGAUAGCAAACUAUCCCAAUCAAUUUAUCAAGCCCGUUGGGGAAUUUUAAUUAAAGUGCUUGCCGAGGAAGCUGAAAUCGCUACUCGGCAACUAGUGAAAGUAAAUCCAAAAAAUACUUCGCAGACUUGUAGUCUUUGUG